GCUCAGGGUCCCAUUGUGUUUCUGCUGAGUGCCAGCAGGAAACAGGUGGACACCACUCACAUUGGCUCAUUCAUGGAGCAUUAAUAAGAAGACUGUUCCCUGAGGGGCAGGAGGGUGUUGGGAGGCCAGGAGGGAGGGUGAACUGCCCCUGGGUAGUCCAGGAACUCCGCUCACCUCUAGCCUCAAGCAGGAAGGGAAGGCACCCUCACCAGAACCCAGGGGCAAAGAGGACUGUUGGGUGAGCCACCUGGCAGGAGCUGCAUGGGACCUUCAGUGGACGAACCAAGCAGCCCAUGGGAGCCCCCCCAGGGAGGCAGCCAGGAAAACAACCCCCUGUUCAUCCUCACUCUCCUCCUGCUCUCCAUCUCCUUCUGGUACUCCACACUGGAUUAACGCAAGUGGAAGCCAGAAAGCAAACAAAAACCUUAAUAAGGGAUCGCUCAGGUCAGCCCUCCAAGGCAAGAAGAUUCUGGAGGGACAAAGGGACAACAAAGUUUUCAGCACAGUCCAAACUUAGCAUUGAUUGACACAUGGUUCUCAAGGAGCUGGCAGGCCGAGGUUACAGUUCCGUGUUUAGAACUUGAUAAAAUGGUAAAAGGGCGGCUCAGGUUAAGGAAGCCCAGCAUCCUCCCAGUGCCCUCCCAGCGCCCCAGGCUUUUUCUGCCCACAGCCCUUCUGUGGGCCAAUAGAUUCCUUCUCUCCCACACAUCCCAUCUCCAGGCACUGCCUGCGGCCGCAGCUGCCCUAAAAUUCCUGGGAAGACCUUGGGAGAGGGUUCCACUCCUCUCUCAGACUGUGGCAGGAGGAGCAGGGCCCUCCCUUGGGACCCCAGAAUCCAAGCAUCCCGAGGAUGGAGAAGAGCAAACAUCUCUUCUUGGGUAAUGCAGAUGUUUGGGAGCUUCUGGGACCGGAGCACAGGGCCUGUGAGGUCACACUCGGGGUCGGGUCACAGCAGUGCCAUGCUGAUGGGAAGAGAGAGAGGAAAACCCAGAAAAUGGGCUUGCCCACUGGGUCACAGUCAGGAAGACAGGGGUUCAGAACGGACAUGGUUUCCGGGUAACCUUCCAGGAGGCAAAGUGGAAGCAAGUGCCUGGCUCAGAUGUGUUCUGGGGCCUGGAAUCAUCCCUGAAAUACCAGUGUCCAGGAAGGGAAGGCCGACUGGGAGCGGCUGGGCUCCAGUAGUGCUGAAUAGGGCAGGGCUGAGACCCAGCAGGCCAAGGCUGCCUGGCAAUCCCUGUGGUCUUGAACCACACUGUCAUGAAGCGGACCAGGAUGACCUGGUGCCAGACGUCACCCGCCCCAGCCCAGGCCCAGUCUGCCCUCAGCAGCCAAGGCACACCCUGCCCUCAGAGGCACACCACAUCUCCUCACCCACCCUUCUCCCUGUCUGGUGAGGAGGGAAGAGUUGGGUGAAUGUGGCUGAAUUAGACAUGCAAAAUCUGAUUCACAUUCCACAGACCACAGAAGUGAAAUCUCCAAAUUUUGCAACUAGCUUGGAAAGAAAAUUGGGGCCAAUUUCUUUUGAAGGAAACAGAAAGUGUGUGGUCAAACUAUGAGCCUACAGUGCUGAGACAGGACAGGCUGGGCUUUCCCCCGGACACGGUCAGCACCCAAUGUCCUGGUGUAUCUCAGGACAACCUGUUGGCUGCUUACACAGGUGGGGGCCUGAGGCCCUGGCCAGAAACUCAGCCUGGGGACACCUGAGCAAAGAACUGGAGGACAUCGGGGUCUCCUCCAGAUAUCAGCGGUCUGGGGGUCCCCAGAGAGCCAGGCUACCAGAUACUCGUUUACCCAUCUGUCCUUCACACUGAGGUUUGAUAUUGCAUGGAUAAGGGCCCUAUCACCGACCAGGCUGAAGCCUGGAACUCCUGUGUGAUGGGAAGGGAGGCAGAAGCUCAGGAGGCUGAGUGCGGCCCAGGUGCCAGGGGAGGGAUGGAGACCCUGGUCUCCCACUUUGGAGGAGCCAGAGGUGAGCAAGGUAACUGCCUGGGGCGUGCCUUCACCCCAUAACUACCAGACCCACUGCCUUCUGGAAGUGGGAUCUCCCCAGGUCCUGUGUAGAUGCCUCUCAGCCAAGACCUUCCCUAAAUUUUCCAGCACCAGCUCUAUCAAACUGGCUGUGGGGGUCCUGCCAAUGCGGUUAUGGGGCACUGACAUCAGUAGGGUUCACACAGGGGUCUUUCCAGCCAGCCCCUCCCACCACAGUUCAGGUCCUCCUUGUUACUUCUCUCCUCAGUUUCCCCCAAAUUCCCUAGUCUUGCCUUAAGACUGCUGCAAAAUUCCUCUUUCAAAACCCUCACUCAGGCCAGGCAUGGUGGCUCACGCCUAUAAUCCCAGCACUUUGGGAGACGGAGGCGGGCAGAUCACUUGAGGCCAGGAGUUUGAGACCAGCCUGGCCAACAUGGCAAAACCCCGUCUCUACUAAAAAUACAAAAAUUAGCCAGGCGUGGUGACGUGAGCCUGCAGUCCCAGUUACUUGGGAGGCUGAGGCAGGAGAAUAGCUUGAACAGGGAGGCAGAGGUUGCAGUAAGCUUAGAUAGCGCCACUGCACUCCAGCCUAGGCAACAGAGCGAGACUCCAUCUCAAAAAAAUAAAUAAAUAAAAUACCCUCACUCUGCUCAUCCCCUGCCUGAAUGUGUCCGCAACAGGUGGGGUCCCCACGACCCACUCUCCCAGGGGGGACUCGCCCAAGGCUACCCUUGAACACCCUGCAGGAUGUUACAGAGGCCCUGGGGAGAGUGUACGCACCCUCCAAGUAUGACAUUGCCCACACACCGCAGACCCAGCAGGCCAGACAGGGACUGCCUGGAGGAGAGCCCGCAGUUCCUCUCCCCUGUGCAAGGACGUCUUCUCUUGAUCAGAAUCCUCCAUCCAAACUAGCGCAGCAAUGCAGCAAGGACUGUUCCUUCUGGAUGACUCACACUGAUGUUCAACCGUCUCUAUUCCAAACCCACCAGAGGACACAGAGGGCCUUGGAGCCAACAACACAAACCACAGCUGGAGGCUAGAAAUCUGAACUCAAGGUACCGGCAGGGCCAUGUUCCCUCUGAAGACUCCAGGGAAGGGUCCUUCCUUCCUCUUCUACGGCCCUGGCGGCUCCCAGGAGCCCUUGGCGUUCCUUGGCUUGUAGCCACAUGGCUCAUUUUGCCUCUGUCUUCACCUGGCCAGCUUUUCCCUGUGUCUCUCUCUUCUCAUGACACCAGUCAUACUGGAUCAAUGGCCCACCCUACACCCGUAUAACCUCAUCUUAAUGAAUAUCUGCAAUGACCACAUUUCCGAGUAAGGGCAUGAUCUGAGGGGCUGGCGGUUCAGACUUCAACCUAUCUCUGGGGGACACAAUUCAACCUAUAACAGCAUGGUUUACAGUAGAAGGUGAGCAUGGGACAUGCCCCCAUCCCCCCUCUCAUUCUUUCUCCACCGUUUACCUCCUGCAAUGAAAACCCGCAUCCGGAUCAGGGACGGUGGCUCACGCCUGUAAUCCCAACACUUUGGGAGGCUAAGGUGGGCAGAUCACCUGAAAUCAGGAGUUCAAGACCAGCCUGGCCAACAUGGUGAAACCCUGUCUCUACAAAAAUUUGCCAGGAAUGAGGGUGGGCACCUGUAAUCCCAGCUACUCAGGAGGCUGAGGUGGGAGAAUGGCUUGAACCUGGGAAGCAGACAUUGCAGUGAGCCAAGAUCCUGCCAUUGCACUUCAGCCUGGGCAACAGAGCUCCAUCUCAAAAGAAAAGAAAAGGAAAGAAGGAAGAAAGGAAAAAAGGAAGGAAGGAAAGAGGGAGGAAGGAAGUGAGGGAAAGAAAAUCAUAUCCCAGGUCAGGUGCAGUCGCUGUAAUCCCAGCUUGUAAUCCCAGCACUUUGGACUUUGGGAGGCCAAGGCGGGCAUAUAGCCUGAGUUUAGCAGUUCAAGACCAGCCUGGCCAACAUAGUGAAACCUUAUCUCUACUAAGAAUACAAAAAUUAACCAGGCCUGGUGGUGGGUGCCUGUAGUCCCAGCUGCUCCAGAGGCUGAAGCAGGAGAAUUGCUUGAACUUGGGAGGCAGAGGUUGCAGUGAGCUGAGAUCCCACCACUGCACUCCAGCCUAGGUGACAAAGUGAGGCUCCGUCUCCGGGAGCCCAGGGCAUUGAGCAGACCUGGCAUUAUUUGCAGCAAGAGCCUCUGGCAUCCAAAUAGCAAUCAACACCAUGGCUCUGUAGCAGGCUGUACAGCCUCCUCUCCGGUCGGUGGCUCCCCGUUUGAGUCCUGCCCUAUGCCCAGCUGAGGUUAUAGCAUGCCCACCUCCAGAAGAAGUAACCCACACUUCUCACUGGAGAUCAACUCUGUCCCCACUCAGGGCACUUCUCCCAGCUGCCAGACAAUAGCUCCAACUGAUGUCAAAAAAAUACAGGGCUGGAGGCUGGUGUGCAAAGUCAGUUCCCACAGGCCUAGGGUGGCCCAUAAGCCACGUGUGCCCCUGCUCUUCACCUCCACACUUAAGAAGUGCAGGCCGGGCACAGUGGCUCAUGCCUGUAAUCCCAGCACUUUGGGAGUGUAGGAAGGGGAGGAUCACCUGAGGUCGGGAGUCUGAGACCAACUUAGCCAACAGGGUGAUGGCUAAUCCAAAAACAUUAGCCGGGCAUGGUGCCGCGCACCCAUAAUCUCUGUUACUCAGGAGGCUGAAGCAGGAGAAUAAGUUGAACCAGAGAGGCAGAGGUUGCAGUGAGGCAAGAUCGCACCAAUGCACUCCAGGCUGGGAGACAGAGUGAGACUCCGUCUCAAAAAAAAAGGUGCCGGUACCUCUCUUCAGCUCUCCUCUCUCUACACACCCCUGAAACAGUCCCUCUGUAAAGCACCCGUCCUGUUCCUUGGUAACCUGAAGCUGCUUACAGAAUGUGGAGAUGCCGGUAAUGGAAAGGGCGGCCCAGGUCACAGAGCCCCUGAGCUUUGCUACUGGCAACCCCAGACACACUCCCCAUCCUCUGUCACCAGGAGCUGCCGGGUGCCUGGGAUAUCCUGGCAGCUCUGCUCAAAAUGAUCCACGACUUCUUGAAUUCAUUUGGCUCCUCCUCCGGGCCAAGGUGUCACAGGUUAAGAAGGCCCGCCCCGCCUUCAGGAGCCGUCCACUGGGAGAUGUGUGCUGCGCUCUCCCCUGGUGGGACGUUCUGGGUACAGCCCAACAGGCCAGGGUGAUCCAGGGUCAAAGUCCCCGCACCAGCCAGAGGCCCUAAAACACCUCAGCUCACUUGUGCUGCAAGACGAGUGUGGGUUGGUUAAUAAAACUAUGUUCAGAUGAGCUCCGGCCGGGUGCCUUAGCAGAAGCGGAACUGUCUGGGCGCUAUUCGCGGAGGCGCAGCCCAGGGGUCCCCAGUUCCCCGCCUCACCAACUGGGGACCGCCCACGGCCCGGAGCUCGGGCGCCGCCUGCUGUCGCGCUGCGCAGCGGCUACGGGAACGCGGGGCGCGCUUCCCUGGGGGCAACCAAGCCCGCAGCUGGCGACCACAGGGGACCGGAAGAUGUGGCCCACGCCCACGGAGCCGGGCCGGUGUUGCUCGGGGAGGCCGUCGUCCCUUGGCGCCAACUCCGCGGCUCUGCGCACCCUCGGGGAACAACCAGCUCCUGCCGGUGGCGUCGAGGGGGCGGCGGGAAGGAGGGAGGAGCCUGCGGGGUCCUGGUCUAGGGAGGGGAGGAGUGGGCGGGGCAGUUCCUGCGCUCUCCCUCGCCUGCGGGCCGGCCGUGCUCACCUCUCGUCUGGGGACAUGACGGGCACGGCAGGCGCCACUGCCACCCGGGAUGAAGAGGCCCCCAAGCGCUCCCCGCCCUGCAGUCCGAGCUACGACCUCACGGGCAAGGUGAUGCUUCUGGGAGACUCAGGCGUCGGCAAAACAUGUUUCCUGAUCCAAUUCAAAGAUGGGGCCUUCCUGUCCGGAACCUUCAUAGCCACUGUCGGCAUAGACUUCAGGAACAAGCUGGUGACCGUGGAUGGCAUGAGAGUGAAGCUGCAGAUCUGGGACACUGCCGGGCAGGAACGGUUCCGAAGCGUCACCCAUGCUUAUUACAGAGACGCUCAGGCCUUGCUUCUGCUGUAUGACAUCACCAACAAGGCUUCCUUUGACAACAUCAGGGCCUGGCUCACUGAGAUUCAUGAGUAUGCCCAGAGGGAUGUGGUGAUCAUGCUGCUAGGCAACAAGGCGGAUAUGAGCAGCGAAAGAGUGAUCCGUUCAGAGGACGGAGAGACCCUGGCCAGGGUAAGUGACUGUCUGUGGGACAGGGUGAAGGGUGGGGGCAGCCGGAGGCUGACCCUGAGGACACACUUUCCCGGGCAGGAGUACGGAGUUCCCUUCCUGGAGACCAGCGCCAAGACGGGCAUGAACGUGGAGUUAGCCUUUCUGGCCAUCGCCAAGGAGCUGAAAUACCGGGCCGGGCAGUCAGCGGAUGAGCCCAGCUUCCAGAUCCGAGACUAUGUGGAGUCCCAGAAGAAGCGCUCCAGCUGCUGCUCCUUCGUGUGAAUCCCAAGGGGCAGAGAGGAGGCUCCGGAGGCCCAGGGGAUGCAACCAUCCCCCACAGGCCUGGCUUAUUCCAAGCGCCUGAGCCAAUGGGGAGAAAGAUGGAGGACCCAGUACACAGCCCGUUCCUGCCAGGGAGCAGUACUCCAGCUCCUGCUUGAGUUCCUGCAGUCUCCCCAGCCACGGGGAGGGUAAAACACUUAGCUUUUAUUUUAAUAGUACAUAAUUUAGUACCAAAAACAGCACCUAGAUGCCCAGAAAACCAAGGCUGGGACCUGGUGCCCCUUUUGCUUUCUAGGACUUGGGGGGUUGGGCCUCCCUCCUAGACAUAACAAAGGUGGUGAUGUUAUGUCCCCAGCUCUGCCCCAGGGGACACAGAUGCACUUUGGGGGUGAGGGCAGGUGCCCUCAGUUCAGCUGGAGAGAGGUUGAGCUGACCGCAGUCUUCACUGGCUCCUGCUCUACAGGAGCUUAUCUGCGCCCCAUCCCCCAAAUACGUUAGCCUUUGUGCUGUGAGGGAGACCAAAGCCUGAGGGACGUUAAGAGAUAUGGGAGAUGGGAGGGGGAAGCCAAAGAGCAGAAACUAGGGUCUGGCUGGCGACCUCUGGCCUUACUAACACCCCCCUGGAGGUGUGCCCCCUUUCUCCAGCACACAGCACAUUGGGGCACCUGGAAAUACUGGUUCCAGGCUCCUGUUCUCUGGACCUCAGAUCCUGGGGAAGCUCCUUCUUGCUGAACCCCUGGCUUAGCUAUCUUUCUGCCUGUGCCCCUAAAAACCUCAGGUCAGAACUAGGAAAAGACUUUUGCUUUUUAUUUUUUUUGAGAUGGAGUCUCGCUCUGUCACCUAGGCUGGGGUGCAGUGGUCCAAUCUCUGCCCACUGCAAGCUGUGUCCCCUGGGGCUUAAGUGAUCCUCCCAUCUCAGCCUCCCAAGUAGCUGGGAUUACUGGUGUGCACCACAAUGCCUGGCUGAUUUUUGUAGUUUUUGUAGACACAGGGGGUUUUGCCAUGUUGCCUAGGCUAGUCUUGAACUCCUGAGCUCAAGCAACCUGCCGGCCUAGGGUGGGAUUACAGGCAGGAGCCACCACGCCCAGCCUAGAUGUUUCUUCUUAUCCCAAUCCUUUGGCAGGCAUGCAGCUCCACAGGCGAUUUCUUCAAACAGCUGAAGUGUUUAGCUUUCCUGGGUUAAGAGCCAGAUAAGGAGAAAUCCCUUUCCUAGGUUUGGAAUGUGUUGUGAACAAAAAGAGAAAUUCCUGGCUCCUGGAGCUAGUGGGAGACGAGACUUAGCAAACCCCACCCGACAUUCAUCCCUUUAAACCCAAGCUCUGCCUCCUCCCUGACCACCCAUACAUUUUUUUUUUUUUUUGGAGACUUGUCUCACUCUGUUGCCCAGGCUGGAGUGCAGUGUUGCGAUCACAGCUCCUGGGUUCAAGCGAUUUUCCUGCCUCAGCCUACCAAGUAGCUGGGACUAUAGGCACAUGCCACCACGCCUGGCUAAUUUUUUGUAUUUUAGUAGAGAUGGGGUUUCACCGUGUUGCCCAGGCUGGUCUCAAACUCCUGAGCUCAGGCAAUCCACCCACCUCGGCCUCCCAAAGUGCUAGGAUUACAGGCAUGAGCCACCAUGCCUGGCCACCUUUUUUUUAACUUCUCAAACAGAUACCGGGCCUAAACUGCUUUACCUCCCCUCCUACUCUGUCGGGUUAGGGAGUGGGAGGUCACCCAUGAACGAAUUAAACCAAUGCAGUAUGUGUAAAACAAGGCCAUGUGGGUACGUCUGGGGUAGAGAGAGGGGUAGCAAGGAGUUGCUGUGGCCUCCUUGGUCACGUCUCCCAAAGCCCUGACCCCUGCCAUUGGAAGUGGACAGGAGACAUGAGGUCAUGACCUACAGGCACCUUUUCUGCAGCUCUGUAGGCCUGGGGAGGGGGAGAUAGGGAGGAAGAAGUAGGUGCUGCACAUUUCUAAGGCUACUGCAUUUGCUUUCAAGGCAGAAAUCUUGCUCUGAGCAGUCAGCAGCUCCAAUUUGGGCCUGAUAAGGAAGUUCUCCAUGGCCUCUCCCAGGCACAGCAGGGAGGAGCCUGACAUUGCCAGUCUCUUCUGGGGCCCAAGGCAGGUUGCAGGAGAUCCAAUCACUUAGAGAGCUCUGGGCCUCUUGCAUUUGAGUUUUUCAGAAUUAAAUUGCAGUAUUUUGGAAAGCA